AUGGCACGAUCUACGUUUUUGCCGCUCAUGACAGCAGCCACUGCGUCUGCGUACAUAUAUUCUCGCCGCCACGAUACUGAGCCUUACUUUGCCAUUGCAGCGACAUGGGCCACUGUCGUGCCUUUGUACGUUGUUGUCUGGAUGAGCUGGAUCUUCCCCUUCUAUGUAUCUGAGCUUCGCCAUAUCCCUACCGUUCCUGGCUUCCCUCUUUGGGGCCAGUUCUUCGAUAUCAUCACGGAAGAGUGUGGUGUUCCCCAGAGGCGGUGGCAUAAGCAGUAUGGUCCCAUCGUCCGCUACUUCUUCCCUUUCGGCUCCGAGAGGCUGGUAGUUGCCGAUGAUGAUGCUCUCAAGCACAUGACUGUCCGCAACCCUUACAACUACCCCAAGCCGCUCCGAGCCAAGCUUUGGAUGGUCCGCAUUCUCGGCGAGGGUGUCCUCCUUGCCGAAGGCCCUGAGCAUGUCCACCAGAGGAAGGCCCUCGCUCCUGGAUUUUCUAUUCAGUCAAUCCGUGCCUUGGCACCUGUCUUCUGGCAGAAGGGCCUCUUGAUGGCCAAGUCUUGGAAGGACGAGAUAAAGGAAUCCGGUGCCACCACCAAGUCCAUUGAAGCCCUCGAGUGGCUGAACCGCACCACUCUGGAUAUCAUCGGCCAGGCGGGUUUUGGGUAUGACAUCAACUCUCUCGAGAACCCUGAGACGCCCAUCCGCGAGGCCUACAGGUUGAUAUUUGCAUUCGACAUCUGGUCUCGCCUUCUUCAUGGUAUCCAGGCCUUCAUCCCGGCCUCCAAGUACAUUCCUGCCAAGAUGAACCGCGACAUGGACAUCUCGCGCAAAAUCAUCGUCGACAAGGCCACCGAAAUCAUCAACGUCAAGCAGGAGGAGGCCGCACAGAACCUCAAUGCCAAAGAUAUCAUCGGUCUUAUUGUCAAAGAUAACAAGAGGUUGCAAGACAAGGGUGAAAAGGGACUUUCCUUUGAGACUGUUCGCGACCAAAUCAUGACCUUCCUUGGUGCCGGUCAUGACACCACCGCCACUGGAGUUGUCUGGACUCUCCACCUCCUCUCUAUCCACCCCGAGAUACAGUCUCGUUUGCGUGAAGAGAUCAAGGACUACCUGCCGUUCAUGUUCGAUGCUAAUCAGCGCUACGACCCCGAGGUCUUCUCCAAGGCUGAUCCUGACCGCCUGCCGUACCUCGACAACGUCUGCAGAGAGUCUCUCCGCUACAUUCCCCCUAUCCCCAUGACUGUCCGUCAGUCUAUCGCCGAUGAUACCCUUGCUGGAUACAAGAUCCCUGCCGGUACUGUUGUCUACGUCAUUGCCAACGCUAUCAACCAUCUACCCAUGUACUGGGGCCCUACGGCCGGCAAGUUCGACCCCGACCGUUGGGACAACCUCCCUAGCACGUUCACCAACAAUGCUUUCAUGACCUUCCUGCAGGGUCCUCGUGGCUGCAUUGGCCGUAAGUUUGCCGAGACCGAGAUGAAGGUUAUCCUUUGCUGUCUCUUGAGUAUGUUUGAGUUCAAACGCGAUGAGACUUUCGAUGACCCAGAGAAGUGGAAGAUGUGGCGUCUGGUCCUUCGCCCGAAGGAUGGUGUGCGCCUUAGUGUUACAACUAUCUAA